AUGGAAUGCCGUCUCUAUUCUCAAGUGCUCAAGUUGGCGGCGAGCAGCAGAAACGACGAAAGCGUGCAACCGCGCGUUGUCGUGGAGGAGCAAGACGGCAGCACAUCUUGGUCAUUUUUUUCAGACUUUGGCAGUGAAUUGGCGGAGCUAUUACGUGUAUACUUUGACGUCGACAGUCUAGUUGUCGUGCUGCAAAUUCUGACCUGGCAUUCUUUGCGAGUUCCAGAACCAGCGGAGGUCUACCUCCUUCUGACUUUUGACUGGGGUGUGGUUUCCGCAACGGCUGAAAUUCUCGGGACGCCAGCAAACGCGCUGCCAGUCGUUAUCACAGAAGAUCUCCUCUUCCAUGACGACAUCCUGCAGAAACUCCGAAUGGCUCGGGUGGAGCAGUAUUAA